CUGACUCGGGGGCGGCUUUGGAAGGAACCGCACCGGACGCUCCCCUCUUGCUGCCUCUCAGUCUGGGUUUCUGUGGAGCGCGUCUCCCAGUCGCUGUCGCUACGCUCUCUCUCUGUUCCUGCUCUCUCCAUGUUCACCUGCCCCUCCGUUUCCCCUCCCGUCAGCUCCCUCAUCUGGUCUCCAACCGCCUCCCUCGCUUGCAGAUCCCGGGAGUCCGAGGCUCCCUCAAACAUCGGCGUGCUGCGGCCUGCACGGAGGGUUCCCGGACCCCUCCUCUGAGGACUGACUCCCCCCGGCGGCGCCGCUCCUCCACCCCGCAGGGGGCGCUAUGGGGGAGGAGAGGCCCCCGCCGUUGCCGGGCGCCGAGUCCCAGCAUGCACCGCGCCCGGUCGGCGCUGCGUUGUGGGGCAACCCGGGCUGUUCCCGCGAGUGGGGUUGGGGCGGAGCGGAGGGGAGGCCGUGCCAGGCGGGGCCGGUUCGUGCGGAAUCGCCAUGGCCGAGCCGGCUUCGGUAACUGUGACAUUUGAUGAUGUGGCCUUAUAUUUUUCGGAACAAGAGUGGGAGAUCCUGGAGAAGUGGCAGAAGCAAAUGUAUAAGCAAGAGAUGAAGACCAAUUACCAGACCCUUGAUUCCCUGGGGUAUGCUUUUUCCAAGCCAGAUUUGAUUACAUGGAUGGAACAAGGGAGAAUGCUAUUCAUCAGCGAACAGGGAUGCUUAGAUAAAACAAGAAGGACAACUAGCCCUCCUACUGAUGAACAGUUGGACAUGAAGAAUACUGGAAAGUUGCCAUGUUUUGCUACCUCUGACUUUUGAGGAUGUUGCCAUUUAUUUCUCGGAGCAAGAAUGGCAGGAUCUAGAGGCAUGGCAGAAGGAGCUUUACAAGCAUGUGAUGAGAAGCAAUUAUGAGACUCUCGUCUCUCUAGAUGAUGGACUUCCAAAACCAGAACUGAUAUCCUGGAUUGAACACGGAGGAGAGCCCUUCAGGAACUGGAGAGAAUCACAGAAAUCAGGAAACAUAAUUUGCUCCUCUGGUGAUUUGCAUUUUGAUCCAGGGUUUCAGGAACAGCUGUUUUGGGGAAGCCAGCAGGCUGUGAAUUCAAGAAAAACUAAAAGCCAUUUCCAAUUAGAUCCUCUUGAGAGCCAGUGUUCCUUUGGAUCCUUUGUUUCCUUGAGGUCUGACCAAGGCAUCACCCUCAGGAGCCCACAGAGGCACAACGCCAGGACUCCUCCGCCACUAGCCCGCGGCCCCAGUGAAUCUACCCUAAAAGAACUCCCAAGUCCCAGAAAUCUGGAUCUUCCUGGUUUGCAGGACGUCCCUGCCUGGGAGAGCACCCAGCACUCUUGUCCUGUCUCCGGGGAAAGCUGUUGGGAGAACAACCAUUUAGGAAUGCACCAGAGGGGCCAGUCAAAGGACCGACCACAUAAGGCCUGGGAGAAAUUAAACAAGAGGGCGGAGACACAGAUGCCGCGGAGCAGCCCUCGGGUACAGAGGCACUUCCGGUGUGGUGUGUGCGCCAAGAGCUUCCGCAGGAAGCUGUGUCUGCUAAGCCAUCUGGCGGCCCACGCGGCGAGGUUUCCCUGCCAGAUCGCUGACGGUGAAAUGUGCUUCCGACAUGAGCAGGCCCAUCCCAGCUACCGCCUCCUGCACCAGGGGGAGAAGCCUGCCCAGUGCACCCCGUGCGGCAUGCGCUCCCUCCCGGUGGACAGCACGCAGGCUCGCCGGUGCCAGCACAGCCGGGAGGGGCCGGCCUCUUGGAGAGAAAGCCGCGGGGCCUCCAGCAGUGUCCACUCGGGAGAGAAGAUAGGCUCGCGCCUGGCCCAAGAGGAGAGCAGCCACCAGCAGGGGGAGACGGAGGCUCUGCAGCACUUCGCACCGGCGCCCUGCUCUUGCUCGGAGUGUGGGGAGCGCUCCCCUACGAGCGCCCUCGCCUGCCACUGCAGGGCGCAUACUGGAGAAAGGCCCUUCCAGUGUCCCCAUUGCAACAAGCGUUUCUGCCUGCGCCGCCUGCUGCAGGUCCAUCAGCACGCGCACUGUGGGGAGAGACCGUUCUCCUGCGGGAAGUGUGGCAAGGGCUUCGCCAAGCAGUGUAAACUCACGGAGCACAUUCGAGUCCACAGCGGAGAGAAGCCUUUCUGGUGUGCCAAGUGUGGCAGGAACUUCCGUCAGAGGGGACAGCUGCUGCGGCACCAGCGGCUGCACACGGACGAGAAGCCCUUUCAGUGCCCAGAGUGUGGGCUGAGCUUCCGCCUGGAGAGCAUGCUGAGAGCCCACCGGCUCCGGCAUGGCGGGGAGAGGCCGUUCUCCUGUAGCGAGUGUGGCAGAGGCUUCACCCACCGGUGCAAGCUCCGUGAGCACCUGAGGGUGCACAGCGGGGAGAGGCCUUUCCAAUGCCUGGAGUGCGACAAGCGCUUCCGCCUGAAGGGCAUCCUGAAGGCCCACCAGCACACGCACAGCAAGGAGAGGCCGUUCUCGUGUAGGGAGUGUGGCAAGGGCUUCACCAGACAGUCCAAGCUCACGGAGCACUUGCGCGUGCACAGCGGGGAGAGACCCUUCCAGUGCCCAGAGUGCAGCAGGAGCUUCCGCCUGAAGGGGCAGCUGCUCAGCCACCAGCGCCUGCACACCGGAGAGAGGCCCUUCCAGUGUCCGGAGUGUGACAAGCGCUAUCGCGUGAAGGCCGACAUGAAGGCCCACCAGCUGCUGCACAGCGGGGAGAUGCCUUUCUCCUGUGAGUGCGGCAAGGGCUUUGUGAAACACUCGAAGCUCAUCGAGCACAUCAGGACGCACACGGGAGAGAAGCCUUUUCGGUGUCCCAAGUGUGACAAGAGUUUCCGCCUGAAGGCACAGUUGCUCAGCCAUCAGGGCCUGCACACAGGGGAGAGGCCUUUCCACUGUCCUGACUGUGACAAGAACUUCCGGGAAAGGGGACACAUGCUGAGGCACCAGCGCAUCCACAGGCCCGAGAGGCCCUUUGCCUGUGGCGACUGUGGGAAGGGCUUCAUUUACAAGUCUAAGCUCGCAGAGCACAUCAGAGUACACACAAAAUCCUGUCCUGCUCCAAAUGAACUGGAUAUUAAGAAAAGGCUCAGCCAACUGUUUGCAAUGAUAGAGGCCGAUUGGAGUUGAGGCAGAGUGGGACAUCCAAAGCGUUGAGCAGGAGUGGUAUUGCCCGGGAAUCCACAGCAACAGUAGCCAGACCUGCUGGUAGACGGGUUUUAGGAGCAGGUGUCCUUCUUUGAGCAAGAGUGUCAUACAAGUUAGGAACAUGAGGAACCACAAAGGAUUUUCUCUUCGGAAACAUUACCAAUUAUAUUUCUUUUUUUUUUUUUCCAAGAUGGAGUCUUGCUCUGUCACCCAGAUUGGAGUGCAGUGGCGUGAUCUCGGCUAUAUUGGAAAAGACAGCAUUACAAAACAAGGACAUAAUUUUAUGAAAAGCACAGCAUCUGCAAACAAAAACAAUUUCUACGAGGUUGUGAUUGUUAAAAAAUUUUUAAGAAAAAGUGCACACAAAUCCAGAUAGAAUGUGAUUACCUUUUUGCAUUUAUAUAAAAAUAUAUGUGUAAUUACAAAGAA